AUGGCACUCCGAUGGGCCCUAGUGGCCCUAAUAUUGGCCGCAAGCCAAGGGGCUCUGGCUCAGAAAACGCGGGCUGAGCAGGAUAGGGUAAUCGCCCUCCCGAACGUCACCUUCGCCAUCCAAUUCAACCAGUAUUCCGGAUUUUUGUGGGCCAACAACUCGAAUACGCAUUCGAACAACCAACUUCACUACUGGUACUUCACAGCGCAGUCGGUGACGCCACAAAAUCUGCCGCUGAUCGUUUGGCUGAACGGUGGCCCCGGAUGCUCUUCCUUGAUUGGCGCCUUCCAAGAAGUCGGACCCUUCCAACCAUCGGCUGAUGGAACGACGCUCAACGAGAACACGUUUGCGUGGAAUAAGAUUGGCAACCUCCUCUUCCUGGAAGCCCCAAGUGGAGUCGGCUUCUCCCCGCCCGGCACUGCCAACAGCGAUGAUGAUGCUGUUGCUACCAACAAUCUGCUGGCCCUGAAGGACUUCCUGACGGUGUUCCCUGGCGCUGGAAAGAAUGGCGUCUACCUCGUUGGUGAGGGCUACGGAAGCGUGUACGUCUCCACACUCGGCUACGCAGCCAUCCAGCAACUUGAUUCAGGGGCCUUGAGCUUUGACGACUUCAAACUACAGGGUCUCGUGCUCAUGAGCGGAGCUCUCUCCAAGAAGGAUCAGUUCAACUCGCUGCUUGAGUUCGCCUACAUCAAGGGACUGACUUCUCAGGGUGACUUCACAGCCCUGAAGAAAGCCUGUGCCAGCAGCUGCCAAAACACGAGCAUCGACUGCAACUACUACAGCUUCCCAGAUGACUCGGACUGCAAGAAGCAAGCUGUGGCGAUGAAUUCGAAGGUUUUGACUGAUGGCAUCGACCCUUUCAACAUUGACCUCGACUGCUACAUGCUCAAGCAAACAAAGGCCGUAGCGCAGAGCUACUAUGGACUUCAGAACCUGGCGGUCAACUACAACUCAUCCGACCCGUUCGACGGGUUCGCCUGUACCGCUGAUCAGGCCAUGGUCACCUACCUAAACCAACGGGACGUCCGAGAAGCCCUGCACGUCGACAAGAUGAUCCCGCUGAACCAGAGCUUCCAGCUGUGCAGUAACCUGAGCGACUACCAAUCAAAGUACUUCGAGGACAUCUCCGUCCAGCUUGGGCAUGCUGUUACUAGCAAGAAGUGGAAUGACUAUGGGAUUAAGCUCCUGAUCGCCCAUGGUGACCUCGACACCAUCAACAACCACAUCGGAGCCCAAUGGUUUACCGAACGAUUUGCGCAAGCAACAAAUGAGAGCGUUGUGGCCGAGGGAAAACAAUGGACGUUCCAAUACACGGCCCAAAACCAGCCGACCAUCGGAGGCUAUAUGAAGCGUUAUAGGGAUCGGAUCGAUUUUACGACUGUUAUGGGAGCCGGCCACUUCAUCCCCUCCCAACGCCCGAUGCAGGCCAUGCAGUUGAUGAACAAUUUUGUGAAUCAGAUGGGAUACAACAACGGCCUCGGCAGCUUCAACAUGAAGCCCGCCCCCAUCCAGCCGCCAUACUUCAAGUGGCCCUAUGAGCCGGAUAUCAGGAAGGCUGCUGAUCAGAUCUUCAACCUCCCAGGCCUUACCUUCGAGAUCAACUUCCGGCAAUUCUCGGGUUACCUACAAACUACCUACAACAGAUUUUUGCAUUAUUGGUUCGUCGAGUCCCAAAACGAUCCUGCCAACGCUCCAGUCCUGCUCUGGCUCAAUGGCGGCCCCGGCAGUUCUUCGGUUUGGGGAAUGUUCACAGAAAACGGACCAUUCCGCGUCAACCAAGAUGGAACGACGCUGUUUGAGAAUCCGUACUCUUGGAAUAAGUUCGCCAAUGUCCUCUACAUGGAAGCCCCUCGAGGAGUCGGCUACUCGUAUCAACAAUUCGAUAGUGAUUAUGACUACAACAAUAAUCAGACGGCAAAGGAAAACGUCGCUGCCAUCAAGGACUUCUUCCAAAACGUUUUCCCCGAGUAUGCAAAGAAUCCAUUCUUCGUCACCGGAGAAAGCUACGCCGGCAUUUACUUGCCGAUGUUGACUGAAGGGCUGUUGCAGGAAAUCAGCUGGGGAGAGCUGGAAGUUAAUUUCAAGGGAAUGGCAGUCGGCAACGGUUUGAUCAACUACCGAGACCAAGUCAAUGGCGUCAUCAACAUGCACUACCUCUACGGAAUUAUCGGAAAAACUGAAUACGACUACCUCGUUGACACUUGUUGUAAGAAGCAACAGUCCCACCUCCGGGACCCCACCGAGUGCAACUAUUUUGACUACAUCACUGUGGAUUCACAUGGAAAUUACUUGCCGAAGAAUGGGAGCGGAGAAUGCGGGACUUUGACCGUCAAAUACGCCUCCGACAUGUUGUGGUACAACGACGACGGCACCACCGACCCGUACAACAUCUACCAGGACUGCUUCAACGUCGCCAUGCCUCCCAACAACAGCAAUCCGCUCUUCGCGGCGGCUUUCCAGAAUAAUGGGGACAAGAUCAACACCCAAUCUACCGACCCUUGGAACGGCUUCCCCUGCUGGGGAUUGACGGCUCUGACGAAUUACAUGAACCUCCAAAGCGUGCGUACCGCACUUCACAUCCCGACCUCGCUACCACCCUGGACCAGCUUCAAUGACACCAUCUUCUCCAACCUGUACGUCCAAAACGACAAGCUGACGAUGCUCGAUGACUUUGAGCGCAUCAUCAACUCGUAUUACUACAAGGCAAACGGGAUGAGGAUUUUGAUCUAUAAUGGAGACGUCGACAAGGUCUGCAACCACUUGGGAGCCCAAUAUUUCGUGGAGUACGAUAUGCAGUCCCACGCUAGACUGGACACAAACCAAUCCCGCACCUGGUGGUGGUACCAACAAACCCCAGACAACGCCCCAGUCGCCGUCGGACAGGUCAAGCGCUUCAACAAGAAUCUGGAUUUGCUGACGGUUAAGGGAGCUGGCCACUACGUGCCGCUUGAUCGCCCUGGUCCGGCGCUGCAGAUGAUCUACAACUUCGUGAUGGGCAGUGCUAACUACAGUAUCCCGGUCCCGUUCACCAUCCAAUUGGCCAAGAAGAAUCCGGCGUACCAGGCAUUGAGUGGAUGCCAGAUGAAUCAAGCUGAGGAGAGACAGGCUGCUCCUGACGUGCCUCCCUUCAACACCAACGACACCGGUCUGAACGCCAGAGCCAAGGCGGACAUGAUCCAGAGCCUGCCCGGCAUCACCUUCCCAAUCACCUACCGAAUGUUCUCCGGAUAUCUGACCCCGCAGGUCGCGAAGACGCACCAUUUGUUCUAUUGGUUCGUUGAGUCCCAAAACGAUCCUGUCAACGAUCCCGUGCUUCUCUGGUUGAAUGGUGGUCCUGGAUGCAGUUCUCUGGGCGGUUUCUUCACCGAACUUGGUCCUCUUCACCCGAAUAACGACAACGGGGAGACGGUGUAUGAGAACGUGUUUGCUUGGAAUAAGAAGGCCAACGUCAUCUUCAUGGAAGCCCCUGUUGGAGUUGGCUUCUCCUACUACGAAGAUGCGACAAGGUUCAACAACACUGACGAUACGACCGCUCUCGACAACGCCUGGGCCAUCAAAGACUUCUUUGACGGUGUCUUCCCACAAUACAGGAAGAACGAAUUCUUCGUCUCCGGGGAGAGCUACGCCGGAGUUUAUGGUCCGACGUUGACCCGCAAUUUGAUCGCGCUCAUCAGCAGUGGAAACUUGGAGUUGAAUUUGAAGGGAAUGGCAAUUGGAAACGGCAUCCUCAGCGAGUACCUCCAAGACAGUUCUCAAGUUCCGCUGCAGUACGGUCACGGAUUCACCGGUUUUGACGACUGGAAAGCUGUUCAACAAGUCUGCUGCGUCGAUACCGGAAACCCAUUCCAAUGCGACUACGACCAGUACCCAGACCGGUCUCCCUGCGGACGUGUCGUCGACCGUGUGAUCAACAACUUUUAUGAAAACAUCUACGACCCGUACAGCAUCUACAUGGACUGCUACACCGACAAGGCGGAUCAGAUGAAGCAGCUGGCGUUGGAUAGGAGACAGGAGGCUCGUCGUUAUAGGAGAGGACAGUCUUCCGACAAAGCACACCAACUGCUGACGAACCAAAUCAAAGCCGCGCAACCGUAUCAAGACAACAACAAUAAGUCCAACUUCGGUUCCACUGACAGUAACAAUGGUUUGAGCUGCUUCGCUGAUGGGGGUACCUGGGGCUACCUCAACCGCCCGGAGGUCAUCCAGGCGCUCCACGCCAAGCUCUACUGGCCCAACGAAACGUGGAGCGAUUGUCGCGAUCGCAGCUCAUUCUGGAGCUACCACGCCCUGGAGGCUUAUUACGAUAUGUCGCAGGUGUUCAGGGAUAUCCUUUCAUCGAAAUGGUACGACACGAACAACAUGAGGAUGCUCAUCUACAACGGAGACGUCGACACGAUUUGCCAAUUCCUGGGCGACCAGUGGUUCAUCGAGAAUCUGGUUGUCGAUCGUGGGCUUAAUGUGACACUACCCCGCACCGAGUGGUGGUACAAGCAGACCCCGACUGUCCUUCCCCAAGUCGCCGGCUACAUCAAGAAGUGGACAAAUAAUGUCGUGCAGCUUACUGUAAAGGGAGCUGGCCACUUUGUCCCCACCGACCGUCCACAGUACGCGCUCCAGAUGAUCAACAACUUCCUGGGGAACAAGGAUGAUUACAGUACCCCGGUUGAUGUGAGCGUUGUGCCGCAACCACUACUCCCAACCUAUCAGGCAAAUAUCACCGUUCCGACUUGCGCCAGAAAGGAAAUGGACCGAGUCCUCAGCCUGCCAGGUGUCCAAUUUGUCGAGAAAUUCUCUUCGUUCAGCGGUUUCCUGAAUGGUACCGGAUCGCACAAGCUGCACUAUUGGCUCACCGAAUCCGAGAACAAGCCCGCGACCGAUCCACUUAUCCUGUGGCUCAACGGUGGCCCUGGAGCCAGUUCCCUGGAUGGUAUCAUCAACGAAAAUGGCCCCUACCGCGUCAGCCGCGACUUCAACAAGCUCUACUACAACCCGUUCUCCUGGGGCACGUUCUCAAACAUGCUCUUCCUUGAGACUCCAGUAGGUGUCGGGUACUCGUAUACGACGGACAAGACCGAGACGUUGACGUGGAGUGAUAGUAAGACCGCCGAGGACAGCUACCAAGCCCUGAAGGACUUCAUCAACAACCUCUUCCCCGAAUACCAGGGCCGUGACUUCUACAUCACCGGCGAGAGCUAUGGAGGCGUCUACUUGCCGACCCUGGCCAAAAAGCUGGUCGACGGCGUCAAGUCCGGGGAUUUCAAGGCCAACUUCAAGGGAAUGGCCAUUGGGAACGGAUUAAUGGAUUAUAAUCUGAUGAAAUCGGACGCUCUAUUCCAUCAGCUUUACUACAGUGGCUUGACCAGCUUGACAGAUUACCGUACCCUCAUCAACCAGUGCUGCGCUGGCGUUGACGAGAUUGGGUGCCAAUUCUCGAGCCACAUCACCUGGAACAAGACCGACCCGUUCCCGGCCAAGACCCCGGAUCCGUGCUAUGAUCAGAUCAAGAAGAUCUACUACAACGACUACUCGGAUGCACCAUACCUUAAUGGAUAUUCCCCAUACACGAUGUGCUACAGAGAACCUAGACAAAACGCUGAGACACCGGCUGUCCAAAUCGACGCCAACCUGAACUCCUCCGACCCGUUCGAUGGCUAUUCUUGCUAUAUGGGAGCUGGCCUGGGUACCUAUUUGAGAAAUGCGGAAACCCGGACGGCACUGAACAUCCCGGCUGACCUUCCGCCCUGGCAGAGUCGGGAUAUCGAGUCCACCUACGUCCGCGAGUACUUUGACGUCUACCAACCGAUUCAGGACGUGAUUUCCGCUGGAGUUAAGGUCCUCAUCUACAACGGUGCCACCGACCUCUUCGACAGCCACUUUGCCGCCCAGUGGUUCAGCAACAAGCUGGCUGAAAAGGGCCAGUACACGAUGAACGUGACCCGCACUCCCUGGUUCUUCCAAUACACCACCGAUUACAUGAAGAUGGUUGGAGGUUAUCAGACGCGCUUCAACCAGGGUCUUGACGUCGUGACGAUCAAGGGCGCCGGCCACAUGGUCCCCGCUGAACGACCCGCACAAAUGGCGCAGAUCAUCAACAACUGGGUGAAGGGGCUCGAUUAUAGUACACCAAAUUCGAACAACCAACCUCCAAAUGAUGCCUCUACGGUUACAGCGUCAACUACGACAACGACGACAAGCGCAAACCCGGUCACUCAACCGAUUCCCACGCCAACAAAAUCAUCCGUUGGAAUUUCUCUACUUUCCGUUUUCUGUAUUGCACUUUUGGCCCGGUUAUUG